UGGUACGGAGUCAGAAUGGCUGGGAUGUGAGAUACACUUCUACUGAGAUCUGUGUCCCCAGAGGAUCAACAGUGGACAUUAACUGUUCCUACACAUACCCAUCCAGAUUGAAUGACCGUGAAGUUACAGUUCAGAAAACGUUCUGGUUUAAAGAAAAUCAGUUUAAUGUGGAUCUGAAAACACAGUCACAGUAUUCAGGUCGUGUGAAGUAUGUCUGUGAAAACAACAAGUGCACUCUGAGAAUCUCUGACCUGAGAGAGACAGACUCAGCUGUGUACAAGUUCAGGUUCAUAACAAACCAAGACAGUUUUACUGGUUCAGCUGGAGUCACUUUGUCUUUCAAAGACCCUCAGCUCCAGGUACAUGUGAGGAGAUCAACAGCCAAUCCAUAUCCUACCUGGACAGAGCUGACCUGUCACAGCAGUUGUCAGCUCCCUGAUCAUCUUUCCUACGUUUGGUUCAAGAAUAACAAACAACUUGUUGGACGGAAAAAAUACUUUCUGCUCCAACACUUUAAUGCUGGAGACAACUAUCACUGUGCUAUAGAAGGACAUGAGCGUUUCCCUUCUCCUACAUUGAACUAUCCUUCAGACGCUCCAAAGGUUCCCUCUGUGUCAGUGAGUCCCUCUGGUGAGAUCAUGGAGGGCAGCUCAGUGACUCUGACCUGCAGCAGUGAUGCUAACCCA